CUCCUUGGGGACCAGGCAGCCUCAAACCCCAGCUGUCAGGGUCAGGACACCCAGUCAACCCACACUCGCUCUCUCUGUCUUCUUCAGACUACACCAUGGGGCUCAGCGACGGGGAGUGGCAGUUGGUGCUGAACGUCUGGGGGAAGGUGGAAGCUGACAUCCCGACCCAUGGGCAAGAAGUCCUCAUCAGUCUCUUUAAGGGUCACCCUGAGACCCUGGAGAAGUUUGACAAGUUCAAGAACCUGAAGUCAGAGGCCGACAUGAAGGCCUCCGAGGACCUGAAGAAGCACGGGGCCGUUGUGCUCACCGCCCUGGGGGGCAUCCUGAAGAAGAAGGGGCAGCACGAGGCGGAGCUGAAGCCCCUGGCCCAGUCGCAUGCCACCAAGCACAAGAUCCCCGUCAAGUACCUGGAGGUGGGAGGCGGGGCCAGGGGCGGGUGGCAGGACGGAAGGAGAGGCCCCGAAAGGAUGGGAUUUGGGUUCAAGUCCCAGCUCAGCCACCAACUUGCUGGGUGACCUAUGUCACUGCUC